AUGGAAGAGGAGGUUGGUAGAUCUGACCACCGGCAAGGAAGAGGAUGUCGGAAGGCAAUCAAAGCAUUGAAUACGAAAAUGAAGAGAGAUCAAGAGCUGUCGAGGCCACUAAGCUCUCGACUUCAAAGGAUCCGGCCUCUGCCCUUGGCUCAGAUUAUCAAUCGCCCGCCGCCUCUGGCCCAGGUCCCGGCUUUCGGUCUUGACCCGCCCCAAAAUGAUGGGUUAGUCGGAGGUCAACAGGCCGUGCAACCAUUCUCACCGCUUCCUUCGCUUCCGGUUGUGCACACAUCAGCUAACCAUUCCGACUCGGUCUCUUCUUACAAAGGCAUACCGAAUACAACCAGCAAGUACCUAGAGGACAAGAGAGUGAAUUGGCAUUCAACUCCAUUCGAGGUGAGAUUGGAGAAAGCUCUUGACCGAGGUGCUGUAGAAGCCUAA